CUAAUUUAAUUAACUUUGUCCCUAUUUUCUCCGCUCAAGAAUGGCUUGCCGCCCAUUUAUUUACCAAACCCAAAGAAAAACAGAGCAAUAAUAUACCCUGGUGGCCACACACAUCUCUCUCUCUACUUGGGACUUGGGAGGUAAGUGAUGGAGGGGAGAAAUGAUAGUAAUAAAGAAAAUAAGGGGCAGAAAGUGGAAGAAACAGAAAGCAGUGGCGCUGAAUCUUUUAGCGUGGAAGAGAAGCAUAAAAUUGAGCUCAUGAGGGCUCUUCUUCUAAAACGAGAUCCAUCUUUUCAGGUAGAAGUGGGGGAUGAUUACAAAAUGAGAAGGUUUCUGAGAGCACGUGAUCUAGACGUUGAAAAAGCGACAAAGAUGGUGAUAAAAGAGCGGCAAUGGAGAAGUGCAUUCGUGCCAAAGGGUCACAUUUCAGCCUCGGAGGUUCCAAACGAGAUAGGUCAGAACAAGAUGUUCAUGCAAGGAGUGGACAAACAAGGACGCCCCAUUGCCGUCGUUUUUGGUGGCAGGCAUCUCCAAAACAAAGCUCCCGAUGAAUUCAAACGUUAUGUGGUUUUGGGUUUGGACAAACUAUGUGCCAGGACGUCACCGGGCAAGGAAAAAUUUGUGGUGAUCGGAGAUCUUCAGGGCUUCGGGUACUCUAAUAGCGAUGUCCGCGGAUAUAUUGGAGCUCUUUCCAUUCUUCAGGAUUUCUAUCCAGAAAGACUUGGAAAGGUGUUCGUUGUCCAUGCACCAUACGUGUUCUGGACAUUGUACAAGGCAGUGCACCCUUUCAUUGAUGACAAAACCAAGAAGAAGAUCAUUUUUGUGGAGAAUAAACGGUUGAAAUCAACAUUACUAGAAGACAUUGACGAGGACCAACUCCCAGAUAUCUACGGAGGCAAACAAUCAUUGGUCCCAAUCCAUAAUGCCUAGCUCUGGUUACUUUUAUAUGAUCUCACUGGGCUUCCAUUUAAAUAUGUGAAAUUUGUACUGAAUAUGACUAAAACAUAAGUCAUUUCCCAACGUAGGACUUAAAUUUUUUUAUUUCCUAAAUAGAACUUAAUAAUGAGAAGAAUAAUUUCCAAGUGAUGCUGGACAUUUAGUUGAAUAAUGACUAAUAGAUAAUGAUCAAUGGUCCUACAUUGGGAAAUAAAAACAUAUGGUCCUAAAUUGAGAAAGUAAUUAUGUUUUAGUCCUAUUUAGGUAAAUUACCCAAAUAUUUUAUUGUUGUGAAAUUUUUUUCAUUGUGUUCCCUAAGUAUAAAUAGAGAACAAUUCAAACU